AUGCCAUGUAAGAGAUCGAAACCAUCCAACCAAUCUUCUUCACACGCUCCACCUCCAGCUCCAGCUCCACCUCUAUCUCCCCUUAUCUGGUCCCACCUCCCGAUCGAAAUCAUCCGAAAUAUAUUCUCGUUCACCACCGAUCGAGGUACACUCGCUGCAUGGACUUUGGUUUCCAAAUCAUUCAAUCAAGUGGCUACUCCCCGCCUCUGGAACUCGAUCAGUGGUCCUCCGCCUAGUAUUAGAACCUCACGUUGGGGUCCAGAUAUAUUGAAUUUGGUCAAGAUUUACAGCAUCACCAAUCAUAAUGAGGACUGGUGUUAUCGCUAUCGCAAGAAGCUCAGUACUAUCAAGUUACCCAACUUGAAAACAUUGCGAUUGUCUCUUGACAAGACCAGGGUGGGGACACCUACUCAUCACUUCUAUACCCACCCUACUGAUUGCGGCUACGCUGGAUGUCAAAUGAUCCAUAAUAUCAAACCGAAAGCGAUCGUCUAUAAAGAAAGGGAAUCGUCUUCAUUCAUCAUCGAUCCUAAACGACUUCAUGCAGAGGUUUGGGCAAUGGUCGAAACGCUCAUCUUACUCAUUAGUCCUAUCGGAACUGGAGAACACUAUGUCAACUCUGAUACGUUGAGUCGACAAUUUCGAAUCUUAAGAAGGUCUUUUGGGUAUAUGAUCCUACGAUCAUUGAAGAUAUCGAUACACAAAAGAAUUCAAGUGAAAUCAAGUCAACGGAAUACAGAAUCAAGCAAAGUAUGUUGGAUGAGUACAUACUUUUAA